AUGCAACGCGGCGCAGCUUUUGUUUGGCUGCGGCUGAUCGCCAAGGUUACGGGGCAGGAGCCUUGGCUUGUCAGGGCGAGAGGGAAGAGGCAUCAGGCCAACUUCCAGAAGCCCCUUGCUCUGCUCUUUCUGGGGGCCGCGCUGGGGUACGUCUUCAGCGAGGUCAACGCCAAUCGAGAGGAUUCGGGCACAGUCAUUCUUCGGUCAACCUCACAACACCUGACUCACUGCGUCCUGUUCUGUGUGUGUUCUCUGCUCCUCUUCCUCCAGGCUGAAGACGAAGAGGAGGAGGACCAGCCUCUGAGCCUGUCCUGGCCCGAGACCUACCGCAAGCGCUUCACCUACAUGGUCGUCAUGCCGAUCGUUCUCCCCCUCUGGCUCACACUGCCCGACGUCAGGAAGAACUCGGCCCAGAAGUUCUUCCCCAUCUCCUUCAUCGGCUCCAUCGUGUGGAUCGCAGCCUUCUCCUACCUGAUGGUGUGGUGGGCCCACCAGGUGGGCGAGACCAUGGGCAUCACUGAGGAGAUCAUGGGGCUGACCAUCCUGGCGGCAGGGACCUCCAUCCCUGACCUCAUCACCAGCGUCAUCGUGGCCCGCAAGGGGCUGGGCGACAUGGCCGUGUCCAGCUCCGUGGGCUCCAACAUCUUCGACAUUACCAUCGGGCUGCCCUUCCCGUGGCUGAUGUGGUCCUUCAUCAACGGGCUGCAGCCGGUGAAGGUGAGCUCCAACGGGCUCUUCUGCGCCAUCGUCCUCCUCUUCCUCAUGCUCAUCUUCGUCAUCAUCUCCAUCGCCGCGUGUAAGUGGCGCAUGAGCAAGCUGCUGGGCUUCAUCAUGUUCCUGCUCUACUUCGCCUUCCUGGUGGUCAGCGUCAUGCUGGAGAAGAAGAUCAUCGCCUGCCCCAUCUCCAUCUGAGCGCCCCCCCCCCCCCCUCCCCCGCCCCCCCCCCACCACCACUACCCCAAGCCCUCCCCCCUCCGACCCCGACGUCCCCCCCCACCCCACCUUCGGACCUCGGAGCCAUCGUUUAGCCUCAUGGCCGCCACCGCCACCAUCGUCCUUUAUACGUCCUGCCCGGGUCGGUUGCUCAACACUCCCCCCCCCCCCCCCUCCCCUCGUCGUAGCCUCUCGCCCUUCCUGGCCCCCCCGCCCCCCCCCCCUCCUCCACCCCCAACCCCCACGCCCCCAGCCGGCGAAUCCCCGCCCAGCAGGACUCCCUCACGGGGAGCCGAGCCGGCGGCGCCGCAGGAGACGAGAGGCACCAGGGGAACGGGGGUGUUCCCCCAGGAGGGGCAGGAGGCCGGCGGACAGACCGGCCCAGCGGGUUGGGGUUCCCCUGGUGUUCAAGCAGGAAGCUGGGGCGCGGAGAGGGGCAGGGGUGGGCGGGGGGGGGGGGGACACUUAAGGUUGAGGCAGCGAAAACGCCGGUGCCACGCCGGGUCAGAGAGAGAGACAGCGGUCUGGAACGGCGUGGGUGGAUGCACAACGAAGUGCACCGUCACUCCUAAUGCUGGUUUAUAGGGGGGGGGGGGGGGGGGAGCUGAGGGCGGGGUCGACAGCUCAGCGGCCUCCGGAGACGGCGAGGUUCAGAGGAGACAGGCCGGCGAUACACAAAGGAUUUACUGAAGAGCUGAUUGGAGGAGGAGGGAAGGGAGGAGGGGGGAGGGGGGGGGCUGGGGGGGGCUGCAUGGCUCGGCGUUAAGGAUGGCGUCAAGGCUUGGGGGAAGUGGGAAACAAAACAAAACAAAAGUACGGUACCAUGGCGACGGUCCGGCGCAGCGCGGACGACCACGGCGGACACGGCCGUGACGUCUCGCAUGCGACGACCGACGGGCAAGAUGAACUUAUUUUCACUUUUUUCCACACUCAUCACCGGCCCCUGACAGAAGCCCCUCCCCCAACGAGAUGUCACUUUUUAUACACGCCACUGAAUGUCUCUCUCUCUCUCUCUCUCUCUCUCUCUCUCUCUCUCUCUCUCUCUCUCUCUCUCCCUCUCCCUCUCCCUCUCCCUCUCUCUCUCUCUCUCUCUCUCUCUCUCUCUCUCUCUCGCGCGCUCUGCGGAAGUUUCCCUUGCAUUUAUUCAUUGACUGAGUUUAUUUAUUUAUUUAUUUAUUUAUUUAUUGGGAUGCAGAGUCGUCCUGACUGAUAGACGUAGCAGAAGUUGAACUGUAGCAGUGUUAGGCCUCGGGUCCGAUCCGUUCAAGUUCCUCUCUUGGGUUUGCAGACGUUUGCGUAUUAACUUUCGCCGUGAGACGCACAUGUUCCCAUCGGUCAAAGAAAAAGAAAAAGAAUAAUAUUAGUAGUGCUUGCAGUGGCUUCCCAUAUACUCACCCAUGAUUACCGUGAACUAAGCAGGUUGGAGAAAAAAAUAACAUCAACAAACAAUACAUACAGACAGUGUGACACUGAUUUAGUAAUUGUUGGAGAUGUAUGCCGGGACUUCUGAAUCUUUUCACUGGUUGAAAAAGGACAAAACCGCCGAAUCAGUGAGGAGAUAACGACAUGUGUGUGUGUGUGGAAGACGACAGCCCAUAGCUCAAUGUUGACCGCAGUCGUGGUUGAUUAGAGUAGUGUGUGCAGUGCGCUUCGUUCAAUCCAAUAGGAAUCCAGCUCACCGGGUCACCCGCUACGGCAACACAUUCACACACACACACACACACACACACACACACACACACACACACACACACACACACACACACACACACACACACACACACACGAGCACACAAACGCAAACACACACACACACUGAGUGGAGGAGUGCAAAAUGCAUGUAUAAAAAAAUUAAUAAAGACAUUUUUUUGGAGAGAAGACGUAAUAUAUACCAAUCAACCUUUAACGAGUUAAAAACCAAAAAUGUAUACCUUUUGAGCAAAACAAACGUAUACUACUUUUCAAAACGUGUCAAACUCACGAGUUGCUUCAUGCAAAACACAGCUCCACCUAUAAGUAGAACAAUGUUAAAAUGUGCGGUCGCUGAUAUCUAGCAAUUGUGUGCAAUUUCCUUUCUAACCACCGGGUGCUCUUGUCUGCAUGUGUGCAAUCUGUAUAUUAAAGCAUCACACUCCUACCGUUCCCCGCGAUUAAUCGACAAAUAUGUUACACUAUCAGUAUUUUGCAACGAAUAGCAAAAAAAAACAUGGAGAAAAAAAAAAGUGUUUUAUAUGGAAAAACUGAAAAACGUUUGUUAUGCCAUGAGCAACUCUUAUGCAGUCGUCAUUGAAAAUCUCUACUAAGCUACGUUGAAUGUGUGCACCACAAACCUAAUAGCAAUAUAUUCUGUGUAUCGACAAGAAAAGCAUUGCCACCCCUAUCCCCCCCAUCGAACGACCCUGUGUCCUUCCUCUUGUCUGUGGUGACCCCUCCACCCACCUCCAGCCACCCUCACCCGCCCUCCCCCACUGCCGAAAAAGAUAACCCCCACCCCUUUAAAAAAGCGAACCCCAAAACACUGAACCCCAAAACCUCCCGUGUACGUUUUCCUCUUAGAACUUUAAACGGCAAGAAACAUCUGCUUUACCUCAGCACAGUCUGUACAGUUAGCCAUUUAGAAUCUCUGUAAAAUAAUAGAAGAUAGAUUAUUUGAAUGUGUGAGGGGGGGGGGGGGGGUUGUGGGGAGGGGGGAUUUGGGGAGGGAGGGGGGGGGGGGGAGAAGUGCAUGCAUGGAACUUGGGCUGGUUACCCAUUUGAGUGUACAGGUGAGCUAGACCAAUUUAUUCAACUCUGUUCAUUUGUAUGAAUCCCGUUCCACACAGGACACGUCGGGCGAGGUCACGCUUUUACUUUGUAAAUAAGAAUCUCCGCUUUCGCCGCUAAGAAUUGCCCCCCUCCCCGGGACCUGAGAUAUCCAAGCGGUUUGCGCGCGGUGGUGAAUUAUUUACGAUAUAUUUUACUAUUUAUUGAUCGAUGGAUCGGGAUGGGGUGACGAUGAGUACGAGGAAUGACACAAAACACUUAUUUUGAACUUAGUACCGUUGAAACUCUCGGAUUUAUAUGCAUUAGACUCUCAGAAUAUUUGGAAGACAUGGGCUUUAAAUACGGCCUCCUUGCGUGUAUCAGUUUAUCAAUCAAAGUUACGAUUAUUUUUACCACACAUUCACCCUUUUUCCGUUCCUUCUUUUCGUCAUUUGGGUACACACGCACUUGUGUUGAUGGGCAAAAGGAAUCGUACCACAUGUUUACCCGCUCACAGUGGAGCGAGUCACAUGGCACAGGGCUCCACAGACCUGUUCUUCAUCCGGUCGUCCGCCUGGAAAUGCAAUGGACCUCAGUUUAAAAACAGCUAUUUUGGUAUUCCUUUUUCUAUUAGACUUUAUGAAAGACUUUUAUAAUCAUAGAUAUGUAUGCAGCACUCGAAGCCCAUUUCACUGCUCAUCUCAAUCUACACUGCGCCCCCAGCACCUCGAUUCGUUCUUCGUCCCUUUUCUUUACUUAGGUCAAAGGUUAUCAGUCCUACCACGCGAACCAUCCCGACGGAACGGCCAUUUUAGGGUUCCGUGGCGUUACUCUUUAUUAUUGCAGCGUCUUCAGACUAACGUGUGUGUGUGUGUGUGCGCUCAUUUUCCCCAUCUCACAAAUAGGUUUUUUUCUUCUUCUUUUCAUUUUUUUCUGUAGUUUUCAUGAUGUAUUUGUGUGAGAACCGGGAGCUAGCGAGAUUGUAAAUCAACGGGUUUGGCAUGAGGCUGGCAGCCACUGCAGUGGCCGGGGUCGUAGGGUAUGCAACAGAGAAUCGUUGAGACCAAGAGUUCACAUUUGCAUUGUAAAUGUUUUUAUUUUCUGUGUUAUUGUAAGAUUGACUUAGGAUGUACAUAUAUACAGAUCCAAAAUAACCAUAUAACCUAUAUGUGUAAAAGCAACAUGUCUCUUUAUGUAAAGACACAAAGUGUAAGACAAAACUAAUAAAGAUGAUACAGAAAAUA